ACCACAGAAACAAAUUGUAGAAAAUCAGGGAGCAGAGCUCAACUAUUGGUUUCCCAAGCUUAUCUGCUACUCAAGCACAAUGGAACCCAAUAAAGGGAAAAAAAUGUCACCAAGCCACAACGCCACGUAUGAACAGAUACUGAAAGAAGAAGAGAUGUUAGAGAAAAUUCAUGAGUUUACUAGAGUGCUCAAAAGCUGGGACCGUGGCCGCCGCAUGAACCUCCAACUGCAAGCACAGGAGCAGAGGUGUUUAGAAAGAGCCAGGAAAAGGCAACAGGCAGAAAAAAAAGAAGAAGUAUACUUUGCUGAUAAGCAACUGAUAAUGAUUCGGCGAGCAGCGUUACGUCAUCUCCUAAGUACUGAGCAUCUGCAAUAUCAACUGGAAUUGAACCACUUGGGCAAGUCAUUCUAUGCAGAGCGACUGUAAGAAUUAGGCUCCUACAGGCCUAAAGGCCCAGACCAUAAUAAAGACAGCUGCUUUAGUAUAGUACUUCCUACAUAAAGAUUACCUAUUCUCAGUAUAUAAAUAUCAAAUGAAAACACUACAGAGAAAAUUUAAGACUUUUUUUUGCUUAAGUAGAAAAUUACUCUGAAAGUUGAUAUUGUUUUCAAAACAGUUAAAUACAACGUAGUGGCAGAUCAAUAAAAUACAGGCCAAAAUCAACAUAUAGUGCAAAUGCAGUACAUAAAGCAUUAAAUCAUAUAGAUUUCAGUUCAAAAACACUUAAGAAAACGUUUUGUUUUUUCACUAGAAUAAGCGAUCCUUCAAAAUGCCAAACUGAAUUGAGUAUUGGUGUUGGGCUGGAAAACUGGUCAAAUCUCAAUAAAAUAUAAAAAAGAAAUUAAGAUACUGAAUAAAAUCCAACCAUGUUUUACA